UGGUCUGCGAUUACAAAACUUGCAUAUCCACCUGAGAAUGUUUUUCGACUGUUUAAUAAAGAACAAGUGGAGAAAUUUGAAAGAUACCGUUCUCAACGCGUUGAAGUUUCCUUAAAUACAUUUGAGAUUACACCGUCAGAUUCUACUUUAAUGUUGGUAAAGGUGUUGGGUGAAGCGAUCUUUGAAACUGAUAUUUGCAAGGUGGAGGUAGUUUUCUAUCUUCUUGAACGAAUAGCAGAUUACAUGACGGAAAAUGACACAGUUAUAAUCAAUCAGAUUUUGGAACAAUGUACAUCACUUUUGUCUUGGCAUCUUACGGAUAGUAUUUAUGGAGCAAGUCAACUUGGAAAAUCGUUGAUGAAUCUCUUUUAUUCAUUAUCACAUCUUAUCUGUACAGGGGCUGAAGCAGAUAGGCAGGAAACAAUUUGUAUGGAGCUUGCAUUGUCGUUUAUUGAUAUUACUGGUUGCACUGAAGAGGCACUCAAAAAUCUAGAGAAAUAUGUUGAGUCGCGGACGUCACAUUUGGAUAUCAUGAAUCGAGUGAUUCAGAAAUGUUACGAAUAUUUCAAUGACAAUCAGAAACCACGGAAACUGCGGAUUUGCGCGCUUCGAUGUUUAGGCUUUUCAUUGGCUGUACAAGAAUCGGAUUAUGUGCUGAAAAGUCUGGAUUCAAUUCUUACACCACGAUUAAAAAUUCUGCAAUUAAUUGUUGAAGGACAUGUGCCUACAAGUUCUCAGUCAACAGAAAGUCUCGAAGAGGAAUGUAUUUUUGAGCUCGAUGUGCUUUCCUCUUUGAUAGGUACUCAAAAAAUGCAAGCUAAUAUUUCUACCAAUGAAAAUCAAUCGAAAGAAAAAAACCAUUCAAAAAAAGCAGUCCACGUCGUACUGUGGCAAUCCAUGCCAUUGCUAUUGAAUUUGCUUCGAAACUUCUCAUCUUCAAAAAUUUUGGUUGAGAAAGUUUGUGAUGUUCUUCGUUCAGGAUUGAUAGCUGUUCAAGAUGAUGCUGAAGCAUUACUGGACUCAUAUUGUGUUGUACUUGAUUUUAUAAUGUUGAGGCAUCCAACUGCUGCGUGCAAGUUAGCAAAAUCAGUAGUUUUAAUUUUUUCGAGUAGUGAUUUGAAUGAUUUAAUUAUGAAAAUUGCGGCGCAAAUGGCAUCUUGGUUCAAAAAUAUUGAUGAAUCAGUGGAAGAAUUUAGUGAAGAAUAUAUAGAAUUGGCUUAUCACAUUGUGAAGAAAGACUGGAAAUUUGUGUGUAAUUCACCGUCACAUGGAUAUACUUUUCUUCGAGCGGUGCUCAACAUAGCACUGAAGAUAUUGGCCAAUAGUAAAGAUACGAAUCUGUGUCGGAAGGGUUCAGUUCUGCUUGCUACAGCAAUUAGGAACAUAAUCAAUAAUGGUGCUUUCACAGAAGUGCUCCAAGAAGUUGGCGAAAAUCUCAUUAGCGUUGUAUUUAAUCGCCUACAAACUGAACUCAUGAAAUCAACAGCUGAAGCCCUUUCGGAAAUUUUGAUGUUACUUGCUCGAAAUUAUCCGCAGGAGACAAGGCAGUGCUUAAAUAGUCUUCCAUAUGGUAAUACUCAGGAAGUUGUUAAUAUGUUGAAAGAAACCCACAAUGCAAAAAUUUUCAAGAAUAUGGCAUUACAAUUCAAUAUGCAGAGGCGAAAAAAAAUUAGAAUCUAA